UAACUCAACUACUCUCUCUCUCUAAACAUAAACAAAAACCCUUAUUCUAUCUCUAACUGUAGCAUCGGAGGGGUCUGGGGUGACCGCCCACGGACCCUUGUUUUGUAGGAGCUUUGGAGUACACCCACCAUCUGGAACAGACGCCUUGUUCGUUCUUCACAAACAGCCUGGAACAUUCCAGGCUCAAACAAUUUGGCGCCCACCGUGGGGCGAGCAUAGCGCUGAAGAAAGGAUGGAUGGGAGCUCCAAAACCCCCAUCAAAGUCAUAGUAGAAAGGAGCAACCUCCGCGGCCAGGAGGCGCCGAUGAGCGACAUCCGUGGAAUGGAAAUGCCAACAGUGGAGGAAGAAAUUGAAAUGGAAGACCGCGUCAAAAGUCAGGGACAACAAAUAUCAAGCAUGCAAGAGAGUUUGAGCCAAAUCUUGGCCAUGCUCAAAGAAAAGGGAAGCGAAGCACCGGAAAGCUCAGGAAAGCGUGUGGCCAGGGGAAAGGGAAGAGAGGAAGACCCCAACAGCCCUGCUCAGACAGAAGGCGGGGAGUCAGACAAAGAAGAAGGAACAUAAGAUCUCAGCUUAGGAUUCUUGGAGGAGCAUCUUAAGCCCUCGUAUGGAAAGGUAAAGGGUCACAACAUCCUCCAGAACCCACUAGCUAAAUGCUUAUUUAAAACUCAGGUUCCCCCAAACUUCUCGUCGCUCGGGCUGCCAACGUACAAUGGAAGUUCCGAUCCCGCCGACCAUUUGAGCGCUUUCAUUCUGACCAUGCAGCUCAUCAAAGCCACAAACGCCGAUCUGUGCAAGGCGUUCCCAGUCACGUUUAGCGGUCAUUGCCGAACUUAGUACACCUCCCUGCCCGAGGGUAUAAUUGAAAACUUCGAGCAGUUUGCCACCCUCUUCUCCUCAAAGUUUGCGUCCCAGCGAAGAAGGAAGCUGACCGUGUCAGCGCUCAUUAAUUGCAAGCAGGGAGGAGAUGGGUCGUUGGCGGAUUUCUACGAUAGGUGGAACACUAUAGCUUGCGAGGUAUAGGGAAUCUCGCCAAGCGUGGCAAUAGGGAACCCGCGCAUGUCGACGCAUAGUUGCAAACUUCGAAGGGCGCUCAUCAAAAAAGAACACGCCCUGAA